UGUAGGUAUUCACUGAUGUGGAAGACUCAAGACUGAAUUAAAGCUGUUUUUCUUCUUUUUUAUCAACUAACGAGAACACUAUGAAGACUAUUAGCCUUGGUUAUGCAAUAAUUGUUUGUUUAUGUGUACUUCAUGUAGCAGUUUCUGAGUCUGCAGAGAACAGCUAUGAAGAACCUGAAAUUUAUUACACUGUAGUAUGUCAGAAUCGUAACAUGCAAAUAGCGUGUUUUAAUGGUAAAGUUAUAGAAAUUACCAUGGCUAAUUAUGGUCGCAGUGAUCAAAACACAUGUCCUAAGCGUGGUGAAAUGGAUGACGUGAACUGCCGCGCUCUGUACUCUAUGGACAUAGUCUCUGAAAGAUGUAAUGGACGAGAUAAAUGUACAGUGCCUGUAAAUAAUGGAAUAUUUGGUGGCGAUCCUUGCCGAGGAACUCGUAAAUAUCUUGAAGUUCAGUACGAGUGCUUAGAAUCACAAAUACCUGUUUCUACGACAAUCAACCAAACAGUGAUGCAGACCACAACGACUGUGGAGCCUACAAAACAGAAACCAGUCACUACUCCAACACAACCUCAUAGAAUAUCACUGCCCACAUUGCCUCCACCGCUGAUAAUUGAAACAACACAACAACCUGAAGAAACAACAGAUAGUAAAUUUAAAACCACCAAAGUGGAAGUCAAAGUUACAACUGAUAGAAGACGAUUAUACUGCCCUGCAGUUAAAGUGAGAGAUAUAGAUUGGCCGGAAACAUUAACUGGUUCUGGAAAUGUUAUUAAACAGUGUCCCUCUGGUACAACGGGUAAAUGGUGGCAGUUACCUUAUUUCUGGGUUGGUAUUAAAGCCUACGAUAUUGUUGCUGGAAAGCAGUGUCUUAAAAAAAGUUAUUUCCUUUCAAAAGCCAAGGCAUUGGAGAUAUUCCCUAUGCUCAAGAAAGAUGCACUUGUAGGAGCACUUGUUUAUUAUGAUGGUACGCACAAUGAUGCCCGUAUGAAUAUUACGAUAGGUUUGACCGCAGCAAGACUCGGUGCUACCAUUGCCAACCAUACUGAGGUAUUGGAGCUGACAAAGACAACAACAGAUAAUGGAAGAAAAGUUAUUAGUGGUGCUAAACUCAAAGAUUGUCUGUCAGGUCAAACCUUUGAAGUAAAAGCAAAAGCUGUAAUCAAUGCCACAGGUCCAUUCACGGAUAAAAUACGUCAAAUGGCGAAUAAUGAAAUACAACCGAUAUGUCAACCAAGUGCUGGUGUCCAUAUUGUAUUACCAGGCUAUUACAGUCCAGAGACAAUGGGUCUGUUGGAUCCCGCCACCAGUGACGGUAGAAUUAUUUUCUUUUUGCCAUGGUUGAAUAAGACAUUAGCAGGGACUACGGAUACACCGUGUGAGUUGUCACACUCUCCAGCACCAUCAGAAAAAGACAUACAGUUUAUAUUGGAUGAAAUCAAAAACUAUCUCAGUCCAGAUGUACAAGUGAGACGAGGUGAUGUGUUAGCAGCGUGGAGUGGUAUUAGACCAUUAGUGACGGAUCCCUCUGCCAAGAAUACACAGUCACUUUCUAGGAAUCACGUUAUUGAAGUCAGUCCAGAAAGACUCAUCACAAUAGCAGGUGGUAAAUGGACAACGUAUAGAUCCAUGGCAUCAGAUACGAUAGAUGCUGCAGUCAGGACGUGCAAUUUAAAUCAAGCCUGCGCAUCUCAAACUGAUGGUAUGUUAUUAGAUGGCGCAGCUGGCUGGACACCGACCAUGUUCAUCAGAUUAGUCCAAGACUAUGGGUUAGAUACUGAGGUUGCGAAACAUUUAGCAAGUACAUAUGGACAUCAUGCGUUUGAAGUCGCCAAGUUAGCGGAGUUGACUGGUAAACGGUGGCCCCUUGUUGGCGUCAAACUGGUUGACCAGUUCCCAUAUCUUGAGGCAGAGGUGAAAUUUGCAGUACAGGAGUAUGCAUGUACAGUAGUGGAUGUACUUGCAAGGAGAACCAGACUAGCAUUUCUCAAUAUACAGGCAGCAGAAGAAGCCCUUCCCAGAGUUGUCGAGUUGAUGGCAAAGGAAUUGGGAUGGAGCAAACAAAAACAAAAGGAAGAGCAUGAUGAGGCGAUCAAAUUCUUAUAUGAACAGAUGGGUAGUAGCUGUAGAGAGAAUCUUAUGAACAUACCUAUUAACUUUAGUGAAGAAGAUAUCAAGAAGUACAACAAGAAAUUUGAUUGUCUUGAUCGCGGCAAGAAAGGAUACAUAACUCUACUAGAUGUCAGGAAAUUCCUAGAUAGUAUUGGCGAAAAAGUGACUGAAGACCAGCUACGAGAUAUGAUGAAUGAAGUAGACUGCAACAAAAAUGGUAGGAUUGAGAAAGAUGAAUUCUUACAGCUGAUGAGUGCAUUGAAGACUGGUGCAGUGUCUAUAAGUCGUCUUGGUACUGCCUUAGCAUUGAGUGAAAUGAAAUCAGCGAAAGCUAUCCCAACAGAUCGUAGCGGUGGUGGUUUAUAAAUCCUUUUAAUUUAAUCUCAACAUUUCAGCAAUUAGUCAAAGCACUUAUAGAGUUAAGUACAUAGUGAUUUUCUUAGUUUAAUUUUUGGCAGCUCAAACUUAGAUCCGAUCAUCAUUUAUGUUAUUAGCAUUCACAACAACAUAUUAUAACUGUGUUGUUGUAAUACACUUUGAAAAAGAAAAAGUCACUCAAAUUUUCAUGUUCUUAUGGAUAUUGUUUUGUCAUGUCAACUUUCAUACAGAUACGCAAAGUUUUUUUUUUUAUAUAAUGUGAAUAGGAAUCAAAUUUAAUUGGGAGUCAGUGCGAGUUUAAACUUUCAUAUUCUGUUUAUUUACAAUUGAUUGCUUUUUGUACCUUACGUUUUGGUGCUCAUAUUGGGUAUCCCUUCUAUAACACAAAACAUUAUUUCUGAGGCAAAUUUAAAAUACUUUUUUACAUCUAUAUAUUGACUGACCAGUCUUUAGUUUAUGACCAAUACACAUGUUUCAAAGCAAAAUGAUUUAUAUAUAUAGAAAUUUAUCAAACAACUUUUUCAUAGUGAGCAAUAUAUGCAACAACAUAUAAUACCUGGACUUGUACCACACUACAGUUUGGUUUCAGGCUUGGUAGACACUGCCCUCUAGUGGCAGUUUCAUGAAAUGAAAGACACAAGUACAUUUAUUACCAAACGCUUCAGCGUGGUAUUAAGAAUUUGUUUUCAGGGUUGGGUGAUACCAAGGUGGAAAAUGGUUGCACAUAUGGGGGUAAUUCCUGGAAUUACAAUAAAGAGGGUUCAGGCCAAAA